CAAGAAAACAGGAUGGAUGAGAAGAAGUGGUUACCAAGUUACAGAUAAGAUGGUUCCAGCAGGGUCCAAGUCUCUUCUUUAAAGAGAAGUUCCAGCAUCAAAGAGGCUGAAAAGCAAACACUCCAAAUCAACCAAAAUGGAAGGAGGCAACAGUCCAAACCUGCAACUUCAGCAACUCCCGUUGGCCACAGCAGCGGUUUCUGUGCAGCCACACACUGACUCCUUUUCUUACAAGGAGAACUUGAUUGGUGCAUUACUGGCUAUUUUUGGGCAUCUUGUUAUCAGUAUUGCACUCAACCUCCAAAAAUACAGCCACAUCCGACUGGCAGGUUCCAAAGAUCCCAGAGCCUACUUCAAAACCAAGACAUGGUGGUGUGGACUGUUUCUGCUGGUACUGGGUGAACUGGGAGUGUUUUCCUCUUACGCCUUUGCUCCUCUUUCACUGAUUGUGCCGCUCAGUGCAGUGUCUGUUAUAGCUAGUGCAAUCAUAGGAAUUAUAUUUAUUAAAGAAAAAUGGAAGCCCAAGGAUUUUUUGAGGCGCUAUGUUUUGUCCUUUGUAGGCUGUGGUUUGGCAAUUAUUGGAACUUACCUGCUGAUAACAUUUGGACCUAAUAGUCAUGAGAAGAUGACAGGAGAAAAUAUCACUAGGCAUUUAGUGAGCUGGCCAUUUCUGUUGUAUAUGCUUGUGGAGAUCAUCAUAUUCUGCCUGCUACUCUAUUUUUACAAGGAGAAAAAUGCAAACUACAUUGUAGUUAUUCUUUUACUGGUAGCUUUGCUGGGUUCCAUGACUGUUGUGACCGUGAAGGCUGUGGCAGGCAUGAUCGUCGUCUCGAUACAAGGAAACUUACAACUUGACUACCCGAUAUUUUAUAUCAUGCUGGUCUGCAUGAUUGCUACAGCCAUCUUUCAAGCAACGUUUUUAGCUCAAGCCUCACAGCUCUAUGACUCAUCUCAGAUUGCCAGCAUCAGCUACAUCCUGUCCACAACGGUGGCAAUCACAGCAGGAGCAACUUUUUACUUGGACUUCACCGGUGAAGAUGUUCUCCAUAUAUGUAUGUUUGCACUAGGGUGCCUCAUAGCAUUUCUAGGUGUUUUCUUGAUCACAAGAAACAAGAAGAGAUCUGUACCAUUUGAACCUUACAUAUCAAUGGAUGCUAUGCCAGGCAUGCAGAACAUGCACGAUAAAGGGAUUGCAGUUCAGCCUGACCUCAAAGCUUCUUUUUCCUAUGGUGCCCUCGAGAACAAUGACAACAUGCCAGAAAUUUAUACUCCAGCUACGUUGCCUAUCGUGCAGGAGCAACAUGGCUCCAAAGGAAUUUCUGCUCCACCCUACCGGGUGCUGGAACACAGCAAAAAGGAGUGA